AUGUCACGGAAUCAAAACAACACACCCACAAAGGACAAAGAACCCAAGAAGCUGGAAGAUCUGGAAGAUAACACAGUGAUCGAGAUCGUCACCCAUAGUCUCCAGCGCGACAACCUUGCUCCGGGGGGUCUUGUACUCCGGGAGAAUUUCAGUGCUCUGGAUCGACGGCAUCUGCCGUAUCCGAAAUGGCGCUGCAAUGAGUGUCACUUCGAAUUCGCGACUGCCAAACUGCGCGACCGCCACGAGGCCAGCCAUUGGCAUACUUCCGGUGGAGAGUCCCUAGGCAUGUCGUUCAUGGGGCAUCAAGCUCUUCUAGACCGUGCGUGGAUUUCCUGCAUGUUCCUCACUUUGCGCCGGGCUGAUGAGAAGGAUAUAGGGAUUCCGGAACCCUCCCGGCAGCUGGUUUUAGAAGAGUUCAUCAACUCACCUCGAGACUACAAGCACGAUGGCCUGCCCCCGGCACCUGAUAUCUAUCGGGUUCCGUAUAUCGGGACCGAGGAGGCGAGCACAUUGAAAUCGUCCUAG